UUGGAGGGCCUGGCGGCCUGCACUGGCGGGAGAUUUCGGAUGUGUUGGCCCGCCCGGUACAGCGGUUAAGGUGGUGCGCUGACGGCGUGGGCAAACCCGCAGAUCCCAGCGCCGGAUCGCCAUCCAGGAAGAUGGAGCGGCAGCGGCGACGGGCGCUCGGCCCUGCACUCGGCUCGGCGACUGGGACCUCGCGCCCGGGCUCGGCCUCGCUCCGGGACAGCAGGGACGGCCAGGCACUGCGCAGGAAGGGGCCGCCGCCCGCAGCACCCGCGGGCCCGGAGCAGCCCGGAGAGAAGCGUCCCAAGUUCCAUUUAAAUAUUAGGACAUUGACAGAUGAUGUGCUGGACAAAUUUGCAAGCAUAAGAAUUCCAGGGAGCAAGAAAGAGAGACCUCCUCUCCCCAACCUGAAGACCGCAUCUGCAAGCAGUGAUUUCUCAUCAGUUUCUUCAGAGACCAUGGAGAAUUUUCCAAAGCCAUUGUCAGACAAUGAAGUUUUAAGACUUUUUGAAAAGAUGAUGGAAGAUAUGAAUUUAAAUGAAGAUAAAAAGGCUCCAUUGCGGGAAAAGGACUUCAGUAUCAAAAAAGAAAUGGUGAUGCAGUACAUUAAUACUGCUUCUAAGACAGGAAGUCUUAGAAGUAGCCGACAGAUCUCACCUCAGGAAUUUAUCCAUGAGCUGAAAAUGGGGUACACAGAUGAGAGACUUGUUACAUACCUCGAGUCGCUCCGAGUUUCAUUGACCAGCAAUCCUGUGAGUUGGGUAGAAAGUUUUGGACAUGAAGGUCUUGGAUUAUUACUUGACAUUUUGGAAAAACUGACUAAUGGAAAAAUCCAAGAAAAAGUUGUAAAGAAGAAUCAGCACAAAGUUAUACAGUGCCUGAAAGCCCUGAUGAACACACAGUAUGGCUUAGAAAGGAUUAUGAGUGAUGAGAGGAGUCUUUCCUUGUUGGCCAAAGCCAUGGAUCCCAACCACCCCAGUAUGAUGACAGAUGUGGUGAAGCUCCUCUCUGCCAUGUGCAUUGUAGGGGAAGAGAGCAUUCUUGAAGAUGUUUUAGAAGCUUUAACUUCAGCUGGGGAAGAAAGAAAAAUCGACAGAUUUUCUUCUAUUGUUGAAGGUCUUCAGCAUAAUUCAGUACAGCUGCAAGUAUCUUGUAUGCAGUUCAUAAAUGCCCUUGUUACAUCUCCAGAUGAUUUGGACUUCAGGCUUCACAUCAGAAAUGAAUUUAUGCGUUGUGGAUUGAAAGAGAUAUUGCCAAAUUUAAAACAUAUUAAGAACGAUGGCUUGGAUAUACAACUUAAAGUCUUUGAUGAGCACAAGGAAGAAGAUUUGAUUGAGUUCUCCCAUCACCUUGAAGAUGUUAAAGCUGAGCUUGAUGAAGCUUCUGAUGUUUACAGUAUGGUGUGGGACACAGUUAAGGAAACAAGAGCAGAGGGAUAUUUUGUUUCUAUUCUUCAACAUCUUUUGCUCAUUCGAAAUGAUUACUUUAUCAGACAGCAGUACUUCAAAUUAAUUGACGAGUGUGUUUCACAGAUUGUAUUGCAUAAAGAUGGAGUGGAUCCAGACUUUACAUAUAGAAAAAGACUAGAUUUAGAUUUAAGUCAAUUUGUGGAUGUUUGUAUCGAUCAGGCAAAACUAGAAGAGUUUGAAGAGAAGGCAUCAGAACUUUGUAAGAAAUUUGAAAAAGAGUUUACCGACCACCAAGAAACUCAGGCGCAGUUGCAGAAGAAAGAGGCAAAGAUUAAUGAGCUUCAAGCAGAGUUACAAGCUUUCAAAGCCCAGUUUGGUGCCUUGCCACCUGGUAUAAAAAUUCCUUUGCAAACUUCAACAGAAGAUGACACCGAUCCCCCAGCCCUUCCUCCUGCCCCUCUGCUUCCCCACAGUGGGGCGCCACCUCCACCACCUCCGCCACCUCCUCCACUUCCAGGAAUGGCGAUGCCAUUUGGUGGUCCAGUUCCACCACCACCUCCCCUGGGACUUCUUGGUGGGCGAAACACUCCUCCUCCGUUAACCUUGCCAUUUGGGUUGAAACCGAAGAAAGAAUUUAAACCUGAAAUCAGCAUGAGAAGAUUGAAUUGGUUAAAGAUCACACCUCAUGAAAUGUCUGAAAACUGUUUCUGGAUAAAAGUAAAUGAAAACAAAUAUGAAAACACAGAUUUGCUUUGUAAACUUGAGAACACAUUUUGUUGUCAACAAAGAGAGAAAAGGGAUGAGGAUGAUUUUGAGGAGAAGAAAAUUAUUAAGAAAAAAAUUAAAGAACUUAAAUUUCUAGAUCCUAAAAUUGCGCAGAACCUUUCAAUCUUCCUGAGCUCUUUCCGAGUGCCGUAUGAGGAAAUCAAAAUGAUAAUACUAGAAGUGGAUGAAACACGAUUGGCAGAAUCUAUGAUUCAGAACUUAAUAAAGCAUCUUCCUGAUCAAGAGCAGUUGAAUUCAUUGUCUCAGUUCAAGAGUGACUAUAACAACUUAUGUGAACCUGAGCAGUUUGCUGUUACGAUGAGCAAUGUGAAGAAACUACGGCCACGGCUCAGUGCUAUUCUCUUUAAGCUUCAGUUUGAAGAGCAGGUGAACAACAUCAAACCUGACAUCAUGGCUGUCAGUACUGCCUGCGAAGAGAUAAAGAAGAGCAAAAGCUUUAGCAAGUUGCUGGAACUUGUACUGCUAAUGGGAAACUACAUGAAUGCUGGCUCCCGGAAUGCUCAAACCUUCGGAUUUAGCCUUAGCUCUCUCUGUAAACUAAAGGAUACAAAAUCAGCAGAUCAGAAAACAACACUACUUCAUUUUCUGGUGGACAUAUGUGAAGAAAAGUACCCUGACAUCCUGAAUUUUGUGGAUGAUUUGGAACAUUUAGACAAAGCUAGUAAAGUCUCUGUAGAAACGCUGGAAAAGAAUUUGAGGCAGAUGGGAAGGCAGCUUCAACAGCUUGAGAAGGAUUUGGAAACCUUUCCCCCUCCUGAGGACUUGCAUGACAAGUUUGUGAUGAAGAUGUCCAGCUUUGUUAUCAGUGCAAAAGAGCAAUAUGAAAUCCUUUCUACGUUGCUAGAAAACAUGGGGAAGUUGUACCAGAGUAUAAUGGGAUAUUACGCCAUUGAUGUGAAAAAGGUGUCCGUGGAAGACUUCUUUACUGACUUGAGUAACUUCAGAACUACAUUCAUGCAAGCAAUAAAAGAAAACAUCAGAAAAAGAGAAGCAGCAGAAAAGGAAAAACGUGCCAGAAUAGCUAAAGAAUUAGCAGAGAAAGAAAGACUUGAACGCCAGCAAAAGAAAAAGCGCUUAGUAGAAAUGAAAACUGAGGGUGAUGAGACAGGAGUGAUGGAUAGUUUGCUGGAGGCCUUGCAGUCAGGGGCUGCCUUCCGCGACAGAAGAAAAAGGACACCGAAGCCAAAAGAUAUUCGGCAAAGUCUCAGUCCAAUGUCUCAAAGGCCUGUUCUCAAAGUUUGUAACCAUGAAAAUCAGAAAGUGCAGUUGACAGAAGGGUCACGUCCACACUACAAUAUCAAUUGCAGCUCCACAAGGACUGCAGUCGCCAAGGAGCUUAAUUAUAAUCUAGACACUCGUACGUCUACCGGGAGGAUCAAGGCAGUUGAAAAGAAGGAAGCCUGCAAUGUAGAAAGCAAGAGAAAAAAGGAAAUGGAACUUCUUGGCUCUGUUUCUAAAAGCGAAUCAGUUUCCGAAGUUGAAGCCCUGCUGGCAAGAUUACGAGCUUUAUAAAUUAAACUGGUAAAAAAAAUGAUUAAACCAAACACAAAGCCAUGCUUUCAGCUGUAACACUUGAAAACUUGCUUUUAUAUAAGUGACUUUAUAGAGUUUUAAAUUAUGAUAUAUAUAUAUAAAAAAUGCUAAAUACAUGAUUGCAAUGCUUUUUCUCUGUACUUGAAGCGUUGGCUUAUUCAAGACUGUAAUGGGCUUUAAUGCCUGUCUCUUUGUCUCCUGGUGUUCAUCUAGUCAAUAUCUGCUGAUUAAAUCGUAGAUGUUGCUUCAGAAAACAGGUUGGUGGCCAUGUGUUCAUGUGUCCUUAAGAAAAUACCAUCUUUCUAAGUCAUUGUAAUUUUUGCUGCUUCAUCACUAAUUAAUGAAAGAUCAUUAGCAUGAAGACUUGCUACCUGUCCAUAUGCAUUCCAUAUUUGUUAUAUCCCAGUAUAUAACAUCAGAAAUAGGUAACUAUAUCAGAGCUGAAAUGACCAGCAAGCUCAUCAUCAUUGUUGAUUCAUGUUAACUUGACCCCAGAAUGCAACUGAGCAUAUUUCCAAAACUGCUACAGUAGGAACGAUGCACUUUCUUUGCAAAAUGCAUGAGCUUUCUUAUAAAGUAGGUACAUACACUGUGUUACAGUACUGCCCCAAACUCCUGGCUAACGAAAGAACAUUUUCCCCUCAGUAAUUAUGACUCUGAAUAAAAUUACUAUUUUGAAACAUUCCAAGAAAUGAAUUUUAAUUGUAUGCGCAAACUUUAGAGUUUCAGUUUCUUUAAGCUGACAAUCAAUAAUUUUAACAAUCUGAAUGAGUGUUUCAAGGAAAGUUUCCGUAUGCAAAUGUUGCAAUAGUACCUCAUUUUGACAUCAUUCCUUUGUUAAUUCCAUAUCAAAGAAAAUAAACUUGCUACUUGCACUAAA